AUGAGCAAUCCGGACGACUUACUGAUCGAGCUCAUGUAUGAAUAUAAACCGCACCUGAAAUCGUACCGCCAUCGCAUAAACACUUGGAAUGAGCUUUUGAAGGCGUUCAACGAGGCAACGGGUGCUGGAUAUCGGCAAAACCGGACUUUGAAGACCCGAUUCGAGAAGUUGAGAGACCAGUUUGUUAGUGGUGAGCCGGUGACGUGCAGCAAUGUCCCAUUGCUUGAGAAAUUGGUACAAGAGAUGGCUCACGAAGCUAAAAAUUCGGGACAACGUAGUGCAGAUGCGGCUUUUGACACGGAACGGACCGACGGUACCCCCAAUGUCAAGCGGCAAGCAGUUGCACCGGGUAUGGCUCUGAAUAUCUUGAACAGUCAUAGUUCGACAACAUUAGAAAGUGAAGCAGAUAACGAGGAAGAAGAAGAAAUUGUUCAACCACCACCUUUGGACUCGAUCACCGUUUUUCCGCAUACCCAAAUGCGACGCUACCAGGAGCAGAAGAAGAAGGAUGAAAAACAGUAUCCGGUUAUCCCAGGGUUACAGCAAUACGUAGGGACCCCAAGCCACAUCAGCUCUCAGCAUACCUCGCAAACUAGCUCUCCUAACCCCCAGUACGCGAUGAACCACAACAAGAUCUCUUCUGUGAUCCAAUCUUUGGCAAAUGACUUCAGCAACCAAAAGCCCAUUGACUUGAGUUUCGGGGCCCAGGACUCCCUGGUUUCUCUGCGACACGAAUUAAUGGUCAUGAAGCAAAACCAGGAGAUAUUUCAAAGAAACGUCUUACUAAAACUUGAAGAACUUACGAAGCUUUUGCAUGAGACACUUCCAGACUAG